UGCUCGGCGCGGCCAAAUUAGUCUCACAUUUCGAUUGCUUUCAAGACCCCGGCAGCCAUUCGUGACAAAUGCGACGCCUGCUCCUCCUCGCAGCCACCACCCACGCCCUCGACGCGCUGCACGCGUUGAUCGACGCCCACCCGAGGGGCCUCCGCCGCGUACGAGUCGCCCAGACAUUAUUAGGAAGGGGCCUCGUCGCGACCUGUCCACUAGCCGCAGAUGAAGCAUGCUUGCGGAUACCUUAUGAUCUUUGUGCCAUAGAAUCCGACAAUGAAGAGAGCCACUGGGCGUCGCGGAUGGCGAGCCGUCUUGUGAGAAACGAGUUGCAAGCUGAGCACAAAGCGUCGCUGCCGGAACCACCAGACGUCCUGCCGCGAUGGCCCGACGAAGCCAUAGACGCGCUCGGGGACCCAUCGCUCUCAAGUGAAUGCGACGCGAUCUUUUUUUGGAGGGACGCGCAGUGGGCCGCGCAUCUUGAACGGCAUCCUGGCGAUGAUGAGAGAGACCGGUACGUCGAUGCCUUGGAUCUGGUGUGCAGUCGGACAGUAAGGUGCGGAGACAAGUUGGUCCUGGCGCCGUUGUUAGACAUGGCGAACCACGGUCCCGACGGCUGCUCAUAUAAAUGUGAAGGAGACAGUGUGGCGCUGUACACGUCCAGAGCCUUGGCGGAAGGCGACGAGGUUUGUUUGAACUACGGCAGUCGCCCGAACGGUGAGUGGUUGCUGCAUUAUGGCUUCCUGCCCCCUUCCAAUAAAAAUGAUGUGCAGUCGUUGGGAGGGCCCUACGCCGUGGGCUGGGGCGACCUGCCCCUGCUCGAAAACGACGGACGCGUCGCGGAGGUGCGGGAGGCGCUGGACGCGGUCCUGGGCGACGUGGGCAUGCUCGACGAUCCGCGGCGGGAUCUUAUUAAUGAGUACCGCACACAACGGCGGCGGCUCUUGCAGGCGGCGUGCGGGGACUAGUGUGUGCUAAUUUUGUCUUACUUGUC